AUGAAGACUUGUGGAGCUCUACUGGUGCUGCUGUGCUGUUUGGCUGAUGCACAGCUUAGAGGAGACACCAUCAGUGACAAUGACAUCACUCACCAGGGCCACUAUGGUGAAGCAGAGACCAGAGAAGAUGAGGGAGACAGAACUGAAACUGCAGCCACAGUCUGCAACCAACAGACCUGCCAGCCUGACAUCCACACUCUGCUGAGAGAGAUGAGCGCUCUGGUGGCGGAGCAGAGAGUGGAGCUCAGAUACACCAAGACACAAAUGGACGCCAUUGAGGCCAGACUGAGAGCCAGUGAGAAUAAAGCAGAGACUAUGGAGAACAGACUGAGAGCCAAUCAGGCAGUGAAUCUGAACCUCACAGGGAGUCAGGUAGAGAAGUUGUGGAGAGACAGAGAGGAGAGGAAGGUGUCUUUCUCCACCUCAGUGCAGUCAUCUGGAGGUGGACAUAAUGGACCUUUUUCAGCUAAAACUACAGUGAUCUUCAGACACGUCUUCACUAACAUUGGAAACGGUUACAACGCAAGCACAGGAGUCUUCACAGCUCCAGUCAGAGGGGUCUACCACUUUGUUUUAUUUUUACACGGCUAUGGUCACCAAUCUGGACCUGUAGCAGCCAGUCUUCGUAAGAAUGGAGAGAAAGUUGUUAGUCCUUACAGUUGGCAGACAAGUGGAAAUAUGACUCCCUCUAAUGGAGCCUCUCUGCUGCUGGAGGUGGGAGAUGUGGUCUAUGUGCAGCUGUGGGCUAAUGCAUGGUUCUUUGAUAAUAUAAACCAUCACACAACCUUCUCUGGCCAUCUGCUCUUCCCCAUGUGAGGAGUCAGUCCUAAAGUGAAUAUUAUGUAAUAUUCCAUUAUUGUCAACCCAAUAGCCUGCCUUGAAAGCACAAACCACCUAUACAGAGACAGAUCUGCUAGAUAGUUGGUGUCUUUGCCUUUCUUAAUGUCACCAAUUACUGUUAUUUCUGAGCACUAAAAGACGAUGAUUAUAAUUUGAGAUGAUUAUUUCAAAGGGUUUGUUUUAUUUUUACAUAUCUGACUUGAAUAAUAAACAAUGAUAAAACGUU